CAAAGGAGAACCGGUCGAGACUUUGAAGAGUGAACAUCAACGUGUAAGAGUGAUCAAUCUUUAAAAAGUACCGAACUCAGUGAAGUGAAAGCUUAUGAACGGAAACUUUGAUCUGAUCCAGGUGAAGAACCUGGAAAAGACAAUGAAAUGAUAUACGAACACCAGAAAAACAGCAGAAGACGAGACAGUGAUAGCGAAGAUUGCCCAUACACCAAACAAGCAAGAAACGAAGAACCGGCAAACAGACCACGGAGAACCAUACCUACGGAACAGUAUCUCAAGAACACAGAACCGCAGCCAUGGUUAAGAUCCAAAAAUAGAAAAUUAGAUGUCUGCAUAACUAGAAUAAUAACUAAGCACACAAGACUAAAUAAACACCUACAUAGAAUGAAAAUAACAAAUGACCCUUACUGUAGAUGGUGUCAUAAUCAAGAAGAAGAUAUAGAACACUUAAUCCUACACUGUCCAAGAUUCCACUCCAGCAGAACAAAAUUGAAAGAAGCCUUAAGAAAAAUCAAAGUAAUCAACCCUAACAUAAACUUAUUAUUCACAGGUGCAGAUCUCUCCCCAACAGAAAAGUUUUAUACUCUUAGACACACCAAAAUCUUUUUAAGAAAAACCAAACUAACAGAGAUCAUAUAAAAGAAAGAAUAGAAAA